UUCAUUACGUUAUCUCCAAUCUCAAGGGAGUAAACUGAAGUAAACAACUCGCGUCAUUACAAAGAUACAUUCUUUCUUAUUUUUCUUUUAAUGACCAACGUGAUUUUCGGUAAUUUUGAAAGCAGUCGCGUGAUGAUACCGCUUAGAGGAAUGCAAUAUGAGAACAACAGAACAGCAUCGGAAAUCAUGCGUACAAAAUGAUAUGGAAACGCAAUUACCAGACCUGACAGCAGUUAAUCACGAGAAAUUUCUUGACAGAGACGCACUAGGUGUCUUAUUGUUUUACCUAGUCUAAUCACAUCUUGAAUCUUUCGUGCAUCCAUAGAUCUCGAAUUCGGGUCGUAGACGGUGUGCAGAUUAAUCAUGCAGAUCAUACUCCUGAAGUCAGAGUGAUCGGCGAUGUAUGCAGUGGGGACAAAAUACUGGGAUGUGCUCGUCUGCUAUUUAUGUCAUUUUUUUUAAGUGACGAGUCAUGCCCGGUGAACCACCAGCCACAGCUGGAAGUAAAUCCAGUAGCAAAGCAAAGAGGAUCUCUAUACCUCGUGUACAAAGCAGUACUGAUACAGAACUACAGUCUCAACAGAGUCAAAGCGGUUCAACUCCAUUGCAAUCUACUGCAUUGCACUAUGUCACCUUCCGUUCGGAGUUAGAAGACAGCCCCAUUCCAUCGGCUCUGCGAUGCCGUUUGUAUGAUCUGUUUCACCAAAUUGAAAAGGAAUUUGAAAUGUUGUACACAGAAAAUCUUGGAUUGCAGGAGAAGAUCGACAUCCUAAAUGAUAGACUUGAAAGAGAGUGUUAUGGAUCGGGCGAGCGUAGUUUACCUCCAGGAGAUCUUACGGAUUAUCCAGAAACAAAAAAUCUAUCUAAGCAGAAAUCAAUGGGUGCAAACUCAGCGCAAAAAAUUAAAACUUCCCACAAAUUAAAAGCACAGACCAGUAAAAUAGUAUCAAGUUUUAAAACUCCGUCUAUGAAUUGCACUAUGCAAAAAGAGUAUAUGGGUCAUCGAGAUGGUGUGUGGGAAGUAUCCGUCGGCAGAUUAGGUCAACCCAUCAUAGCAACUGCCUCUGCUGAUCAUACAGCACGUAUAUGGGCAAUAGAUAAUAGUCGAUGUUUGUUACAAUAUAUCGGUCACAGUGGAUCUGUAAAUUCGGUUCGGUUUCAUCCAAAUAGAGAAUUGGCUUUAUCAGCGAGUGGCGACUGUUCCGCUCACGUGUGGCAGGCAGCUGUUGAUUGGGAUAUGUCGAAAAGAGUAUCGUCGUUAGAAGAACUUCCAAUAGCGAGUUCCGAACGAACUACUGCUAAUAAUCUACUCAGUAAUAACGACGAGCAAGAUGAUCCCCCGACUUUAAGGACACCGAUACGCGAACUUUUGGGUCAUACAAGCGUUGUAAUGGCUGCAGAUUGGCUCUCUGGUGCUGAACAGUUAGUCACAGCUUCUUGGGAUAGAACAGCAAACUUGUACGACACGGAAACCGGAGAGAUUAUACAUACACUAUGCGGACACGAUCAAGAAUUAACUCACGUGUCGACUCAUCAUACACAAAAAUUGUGUGUUACGUCUAGUAGAGAUAAUACAUUUCGAUUGUGGGAUUUUAGGGAACCCAUACACUCGGUUUCAGUAUUUCAAGGUCAUACAGAAACAGUAACGUCUGCAGUCUUUACGAGAGAAGAUAAAAUUGUAUCUGGUUCGGAUGACAGAAGUAUAAAAGUAUGGGAAUUACGUAAUAUACGUAGUCCAUUAGCGACAAUACGUGGAGAUAGUGCUGCUAAUAGAUUAUCAGUUUCUAGUACCGGGAUAGUGGCAAUACCACAUGACAAUAGACAAAUACGUUUAUUUGAUCUAAGUGGUCAACGUUUGGCAAGGUUACCUAGAACUAGUAGACACGGACAUCGUAGAAUGGUGUGUUCUGUUGCUUGGUUGGAAGAUAGCAGUGUGUGUAAUUUAUUUUCUUGUGGUUUCGAUAGACUAGUAUUAGGUUGGAGUGUUCUUCCUGUUAAAGAUGCUUAAACAUCAAAAACUGU